GCGAACUCGUCGGGGAGGCGGUCAACCCAAUCUUUCGGUCCGGACGGAUGAGCGUACGAAGCAUCAUUUGAGCGGUUUGAUGUGCCCGCUCCGUCUGCCCGUCUGUCUGUGGAUGCCGAGCCCAACUUGGCUUCAUCUUCGUGYCGGACUCCUGCAUGAGUGCAGUCCAAAAUGCCGACAUGAAGCGAGUGUCGCGGUCGCUGACUAUGUCUUCUGGUACACCAURGCCGCAAAUCCAGCCGGURUGCAGGAGGCGUGCCAGCUAGGGAGCCGUGGAGUAUUACUUGCAAGGAAGAAAACGCGCGUACUUACUCAAUCGGUCCACAAUCGUGAGGAUGCCGUCGUGUCSGAGCYKGUCGCGAGGGAACGGACCGGUGACGUCCAUGGCAAUGGAGAGACCGGGUUCCCGUGGGAUGGGCAUCGGGCGYAACUCGCCAUAGGGAUUGCGGUUGCGGGGUUUGCUGCGUCGGCWAACUUCGCAAUAGUCGCAAUACCGAGUGACAUCGGUAAUGAGGUCAGGCCAUCGGAAUUGUUGUYGAAGCCGUGCAAUGGUGCGGUUGACUCCGAAAUGGCCGGCGAGUCUCCGGAGCACCCUAUUGGCAUGCAGAAACGAUAUCAGCGCCGGCAUGCCUCGGAUGAGGCCGCUAGCUUUCCAUCGAGGAAAAGAACCCCUCUGAUGAGCCGGUCGAGUGGCAACGGCGAAAAAGCUUUUAGGGGAGCCACAACCCUCCUGCAGCGUCGAUCAUCCCAUGAAAAGAGGAAUGCGAUGAGGGAACGCGACGGGCUGAUGGAGAGAACCGCGAAGCUUGAGGAAAACCUCAAAAAGAUCUGGGACGUGGAGAGGGAAUCGGUGGCGGAUGACGUACAUAUGGAUGGGGAUGGGUAUGACCCGGCGCUCAUGGGGAUUAUGGGGGAAGAGGAAGAAGAACUGAGGCAACUACUGGAUAACCUGCCUCCACCUCCACCAGGGGGAGAAGGGAUGGAAGUAGAGCGUAGCAGGAAUAACGGUUUUGUUCCUAUUGCUUCAGCUCAGUGGGUAGAGGGAAUGGCCAGAUGGCAGCAGGAUAGAGUCUGGGUGCAGGGUGGGUUCAAUUACCUAGCCCCCAUCAACAUCAAGGGCUGGAAGUUCCUUGCUGACCUGUCCAAAAACGAGAUCGAAGAAUGUCGUAGGAAGGCCAUGGCCGGUAUCCUGGACUAUGCUAACAGCACCCCGCACCUCGGCGGGAAGCUUUCCUUCCCCACAAUGAGUGAACUCGAUCCCACCAAGUUCCUGUAUAAACCGGCGGAAGUUUUUCGAGACUUUGCUUUGGAGAAUUGGGAGAAGAGCAAGGGCCUCUGUGCCUGUAGCAGCAGAUAUGCCAAGUUCAUCGAACCAGCUACAGCGGACCUCCUUCAAGAGGGGAAGAUUGGAAGCCUCUCUGGCCCUCAUGUUGUCACCAUGGACUACUCCAUCUCUCGCCUCCCGCUGCUCAGGCUCAUCCUGGGAUUUGGACUGAAUCAUGUCCUCACCACCGAUCUGGACAUCGGGGCUGCCAUUGGUACAAUCCUACGUGCGUUUGACGAAACACUGACGUUGUAUAGCAGGGACUAUGACUUUGUAAAGGAGGAGAUCGGUAGGGUUAGAACGCCAGGCUCCCUCACACUCGGUGAUGGGUAUGAUGCGUGUUUGGUCUGGGUUCAAACAUUGAUUGGGCUUGUUAUCAGUAUUCUAGCAUUCUGCUUUGCUACUUGUUACUACGUGAGUGAGACCAUGUCAGCAGGCCACGUUAGCAGACUACGUCAGUACGUCAGCAGGCCACGUCAGCAGGCUACAUCAGCAGACCACGUCAACAGGACACGUCAGCAGUGCCACGUCAGCAGCAAGGGAUACCACAUCAACAGGCCCCCGCCCGGUCUAUGCUGUUGCGAUCUCAAACAACAGUCAUGGACCAGAGGCCCGGGGAAGCAGACGCUGUUGCGAUCUCAAACAACAGUCAUGGACCAGAGGCCCGGGGAAGCAGACGAGGCCUAUCAGGCUCGCAUGCUGGCCUGGAGUACCGAGACAAAGAAACGGGCAGAUGACGCUGCAGCAGCAGCGAAGAAGAAGGCCGAGUAUGCCGAGCAGGCACGUCUGCUGGCACUUGAACAACAGCGCCAGCAUGACGAGGCAGCAGCAAGGGCUGCCGAUGAAGAAAGGAACCAGCGUCGAGAGAAGAUAUUUACCGGAGAGCGGGCGUUACUGACAAUGGCAGCGGAAUGGCGAACCGAAGCGGAGGAUGGUAAGUUGGAGGAUAGCGCAAACAAGAUCGCGCUCCUCCUCUCGCACCUCACAGAUCUCCUCGCAACCUGCAUUACACAGCAGGUGGAGAUCCUCGGUCUCGACACCUCGCUAGCUCACGUCCAAGACCGCCUUCAACGGUUGGAGCAGCGACCAGUCGCCGCCGCCGACGCAAGCUCUUCCAACACUGCCGACCGCCUCAAUGCAUUGGAGAUGGACGUCGGCUCACUCAAGGAUGGCGUGCAAUUACAGCAGACUGCAACGCAACAGUUGCAACGACGGAUCUGCACUACCUCCACCACCUCGAGUUCAGAACCGCGCGAGACAACUCCAAAGUUCGACGGGCAGGAGAUCUUCUGCGACUCAAUGAAGACAGAUUCGAUUCCAUGGUUUCGCAAGUUCGAGCUCACGCUGCAGCUCCACAACGUCAAGGAACUCAAGCACCACGCAUACUUGUACUCUCGCUCAGGGGGCGCGUGUCAGGCUUGGUUGGACAACCUGUUGUCCAAGUACGGAGUGGUAGCCAACGACUUGCACACCAAGAUCAAUUGGAAUGAUCUGAAGGCAGCGUGGCACAAGCGGUUCCAGGUGGGGCCGCCGGAGAUCAAAGCCAUGGACAAGCUCAUGGUCUUCGAGCAAGGCACGCUGUCGAGUACGGACGGGAUCGCCGAGUACCAACGCUUGACGUCAGUCCCAGACAUCCAGAUGGGCUUCAAGGCCAUUCGCCACUACUUUGUCUCAAGGUCAUGUCCGACAUUAAGCAAUGCCCUGACUCAUGUCGAGGGCACCUUGACGACGACGGCGGAGUUGUUCGACAAGGCUGCGCAGAUCAUUAUCACGAACAAGGAGGCCAAGAACCUCCGUUCAUCUGCGUCAGGCCCGAGCAGGGACCAGCAUCGGCCAAGAGUGGCCAUGGUCGCAGCGGCAGCGCUGUUGGACCAAACCAGCGAGGCUGUUGGGCAAGCGUCCUGCAACGCUUUGCUGGAUAGCUGCGCGUCUCGCAACUUCAUGAGCCAAUCCUUAAUGCAAAGGGCUGGCCUUGGCGCACAAGUUCGAAGGAAGGCAAACCCGACGGCGAUCAAGUUGGCGGAUGGAAAGACGCAACAACUUCUCGACCGUUACAUCGAGGCCGUACCGGUCUACUUCGCACCUCAUGCAUGCGAACCGGUGACAUUCGAUAUUCUCGACACGGACUUUGACAUCAUUCUGGGAAUGCCUUGGCUUGCAAGUGCGGAUCACACGGUCAACUUCCAUCGGCGGACUCUUAGCGUUCGCGACGCCUUCGGCGCGGAAGUGGCGUGUACUAUUCCUCUACCGCACACUUCGGCCCGGUGCCAAGUGCUGACGGCCAAAUCAUUCCGGGCGACUUGCGCUUACGAGCAGCCCGAGGAGAUCGGCCUAUGUUUCUUACGGACGGUCGCGGUAGCGGACUCUUCACCCACGGACUUGUCCUCGGACCCCCGUGUGGUGCGGUUGCUGGACGAGUUCGCCGACAUUUUCGAGUCACCUACCGGUGUGGUGCCGGAUCCAUCGAUCUCUCACGAGAUCAUUCUUGAGGCCGGUGCCUCGAACGAUCGCUACAAGACCGCAUUCAAGACGCGGUCCAGGCAUUUUGAGUGGGUGGUCAUGCCUUUUGGCCUCACCAACGCCCCGGCGACCUUUCAGGCGGCCAUGACCAAUGAGUUUCGUGCAAUGUUGGACCGGUUUGUGCUGGUCUACUUAGACGAUAUUCUCGUCUAUAGCCGGUCAUUGGAGGAUCAUCUUGGGCAUCUUCGACGAGUGUUGGAGACGCUCCGCCGCGCCAAGUACAAGGCCAACCGCGACAAGUGUGAAUUUGUCCGGCAAGAGCUGGAAUACUUGGGCCAUUUUGUCACACCAGAGGGCAUUAGUCCGCUAUCGGACAAGAUUCAGGCCGUCCAGGAGUGGCCGGAGCCUCGGAACGUCACGGAUGUUCACUCGUUCCUCGGUCUUACCGGCUACUAUCAGCGCUUCAUCAAAGGCUACUCCAAGAUCCCGGCCCACUUGAACAAGCUUCAGUGCGAGGAUCGACCGUUUGACUUCGGAGAGGAGGCGCGAGGAUCAUUCUUUGCUCUCAAAGUCGCGCUAUUGUCUGCGGAGGUCUUGCGGAUAUACGACCCGCUCACGCCUACGCGCGUCACUAUGGAUGCGUCAGGCUAUGGCAUUGGUGCAGUCCUCGAGCAACAUGAUGGCGUGGACUGGCACCCGGUCGAGUAUUUCAGCACGAAAGUGCCCAUCGUGCAUUCCAUUGACGAUGCACGCAAGAAGGAGCUCCUCGCCUUCGUCCACACGCUCAAGCGCUGGUGGCACUUCCUCCUUGGUCGAAGCCAAUUUCGAUGGGUAACGGACAACAAUCCGUUGGUCUUCUAUAAGACCCAAGACACCGUCAACAACACCAUCGCACGAUGGACGACUUUCAUCGACCAGUUCGACUUCUUUCUCAAUCACAUUUCCGGGAAGUCGAACCGUUUUGCGGAUGCUCUUUCACGGCGUCCGGAUCAUUGUACCGCAGUCUACUCAACCUUUGAGAUCGACGAUGACCUGCGGAACAGAUUCGUCCGCGGCUACCAAGCCGACCCCGAGUUUCGCGACAAGUACGCAAAUUGCUCCUCUCCUAAUCCGGCCCCUUCUCACUACCGGAUCCAAGAGGGGUACUUGCUUGUCCACACGCGGGGGAAGGACCUCCUUUGCGUACCGAGUGAUCCUCACUUGCGUACACGGCUUCUUGGUGAGCUCCACGACGCUCCCGCCACUAGACAUUUUGCCCUGAUUGGCCCCAAGCAGGAAGUGUGCGUUCAUAUCGCAAAGUUAGAUCUGAAUCUGGGAGUAUUCCCUCAAGUCCAGAGCAUGUUCUAAAGUCCUUUGGAACAGCAAACAGGCGGUCAAUUGGUGAUGAGUCUGAAAUUGGGUCGUUCAGCCCCGAUCAUCCAAUGGCUAUGGUUGGCCGAAGGGGUCCUGCCAGUGGGCAUGAAAGCGACACAUCUUUCAGGUCGAUUUAAGCUCACCCUGACG